AAGCAGAGAAGCCAAUUCCCAUUUCCUCCGCUUGCUACUGUUCUCAUCAAGUCGAUCAAAUUAUCCACCUAUAAAUAACAGUAUCCGGCCACUCGGUGAUCGAUCAUACUUGAAAAACAAUCAAAACUGUAGUGUAGAGUAUCUUGAAGGCUCUGAUCGAUACGAUGUCCUUUGCUGUGCCGGUGCCUGCGACUGGGCCGAGCCCGCAGUUCCAAGCAACCUACCCUGUGGAUCUGGUCAUCACGGAGAAGAUGAUGUCGAUCAAGGAAGGUGCUUUCACGGUGUCAGACGUUAAUGGAAAUCUCAUCUUCCAGAUCAAAGGCUCCCUUUUCAGCCUUCAUGAUCGUCGCACUUUGGUCGACACCGCCGGCACUCCUAUCCUCUCCUUCCGACAAAAGAUAUUAACAGCACAUAAGAGAUGGCACGUAUUUAGAGGAGAGAGUUCAGACGAAAAAGAUCUACUCUUCACUGCCAGGAAGUCUACCUUUUUCCAGCUCAAGAGUGAACUAGAUGUGUUCUUGGCUGGUAACACUAAAGAAGAAGCUUAUGAUUUCAAGGUCAAAGGAAGCUGGGGGGACAGAGCUUGCACCAUAUAUAAUGCAGACAACACUAUCAUUGCACAAAUGCACAAGAAACAUGAUGUUAAAAGUGCUUUGUUCGGGAGAGAUUCGUUUGCAGUGACUGUGUAUCCUCAUGUCGAUUACGCCUUUAUAACUGCCGUCGUGGUUGUUCUUCAUGAGAUUAACAUUGACAGAAGUGGGGAGGACUGAAGCUGAUGCUGCUUUGUACGUUAUGUACUUCUAUAUAAAAUUUAGAAUAAAAAAUUUCCCUUAUUAUUGUCACAGCUGAGUCAGUUAAUCAUCUUGGUAGAUUUACCGAGAGUACUUUAUUGUGUGUUUGGGGCUUCGGUCUAUCUAGUAAAAAUGAAUAAAUGAUUCGGAUCUCUAAGUCUAAUGGGGAUG